GCCCACAUUUAUACCAGAUUUAUGCAUAGAUGGGUUUAGUUAAAAAAACCACCCACGCCUGGUCUGGAGGUUGGUUUUCACCUUAAAGACCACCUUGAUGUGGAAGUUUCAGGCAAAGACCGACCCAGACCAAACCAACGGACACCCUACGAUAACGGGUGUCUGUAUGGAGCAGUUGCGGUUGGACUCAAGGUCAAGUUCUUCAGAUAUUCGGGUGGAAAUAUGGAGGGAAUUUUUGGAAAGCUCUAAGUUGACAAGAGACCUGAUGCAGCGGCAAUUGGACAACACCUUGAGAGAAUGAAAGUUGAACUUGCUGCAGGUUGAGGGACGAAGAUGAAGAUGAAGAUGGAAUAC